GUGGUGACAAAACCGAUGCCUUGUUUUGAAUGAUUUGCAAGUUUUGAGUGAUUUUUGUGAAACUAAUCCAACAUUUGGUUCAUCUGAUUAUCACUUGAAUUAUAAACGAUGGCUUUGUUUGAUGCGGAGGACCGGUUCCAUAAGACACGACACGAGUCGUUGGCACCCAAUCCCACACUCGGCUCACACUUGGACGCAAUGGUUCCCAAUUGGAUGCGCGAAGAAGUCUCCACAGGAACAUCUAUAAUGGCGGUUGAGUUCAACGGCGGUGUAGUGAUAGGCGCCGACUCGCGCACAACCACCGGCGCAUACAUCGCUAAUCGAGUGACCGAUAAGUUGACGCGAAUUACGGAUAAUAUCUAUUGCUGUCGAUCGGGAUCUGCUGCCGACACUCAGGCCAUCGCCGAUAUAGUGGCCUAUCAUUUGAACUUUUAUGAAAUGGAGACGGGAGAGCCGGCCGGCGUGAGGGUCGGCGCCAACAUAUUCCGCGAGAUGUGCUACAACUAUAGGGACUCAUUAUCCGCCGGCAUUAUCUGCGCCGGUUGGGACAGGCGUGCGGGCGGACAGGUCUUCACAAUACCAUUGGGAGGAAUGCUUGUGCGACAGCCCGUGGCUAUUGGCGGGUCCGGCAGUAGUUAUGUUUACGGUUACGUCGACUCGAACUACAAGCCCGGUAUGAAUGAGGAGCAGACCAUUCAGUUCGUGACCAACACCCUAUCGUUGGCUAUCAGUCGCGACGGUUCCAGUGGUGGUGUCAUACGAAUCGGUAUUAUCACAAAGGAUGGCAUCAAACGCAAAGUGAUUACCGGCGAUGAUAUCCCCAAGUUUUUUGAAGGAUGAAAGGCCUGUCACCACUAAAUUCAGCAGUUUUUUAAUUUUUAUUUAAUUAAAAUUGGAUUCAGCUUUCGAUUUAUUAAUAUUCAAUAAAAUAAAAUUUUCAUAAAAACAGUGAAUAGCAA